AUGGAGUCUGUUCGACAAGAUAUCCCAGACUAUGAUGUCGUCCCCGGCACCGUGUAUUUGGUGCAAGGUGCGCAUCAGCAUGGCUUCUCCUCGAAGGAUAUCAUCUUGAUGCCCACUCCAUCGAACGAUCCCCGAGAUCCUCUUCGCUGGUCCAAGUGGCGAAAGGGCUACCAUCUAUUUCUCCUAGUGUUCUACAGCGCGGCUCUUGGAGCCAUCACAAAUGGAGACUCUGUUGUCUACCUCAAUCUGUUGCAGAUCUACCACACUGGCAUCAACGAGCUGAACUACGCCGGAGCUGUGAUGCUGUUGCUGCUUGGUGUGGGAAAUGUCUUCUUUGUGCCAUUGUCAAACAAGUUUGGUCGGCGAUCGGUAUACAUCUGGACACUCGUCUUGGUCUUCGUAUCCGAGAUCUGGAUGGCUGUCUCAAAGCACUACGGCGAGUACUGGGCAGUCAAUAUCUUACGAGGCCUCGGGUCUGCACCGUUCGAGGCAUUGCCAGCGAUCUCGAUCUCGGACAUCUACUUCGCUCAUGAACGUGGCGGCAAGCUCGGAGCCUACGUCUUCGGUCUGGCCUUGGGAAGCUUCGUGGGUCCAGUAUGCGGUGGCUACAUGGUCACCGGUCAAAGUGUCCGAUGGAUGUACUGGUGGGGUGUGAUUGUUCUUGGCUUGUUGCUCGUGCUAUUCUUCUUCACCUUUGAGGAAACACACUUCAUCCGGCCUUUGGACUCGCACGACGAAGCUCUGGUCAGCGCUGCUGACAUGCUCGGGCUUGAAAAAAAGUUGACAAAACAGUCCAUGUCCAAAGAGCCAGAUAGCCAGAGCGCACAUCAACACCCCGAGGCUAUUGUUGGAGAAGUUUUCGAUGCAGAAGGGUUCAGGAUUCAGUACAGUCUGUGGAAAACAUACCCCACUACCUGGGCUGCCGUAUUCACUGAGUGGUGGCUGCCACUCAAGUGUCUUGGCUUGCCAGCAGUCGUCUGGUGUGGUAUCAACUAUGGUACUUGCGUCAGCUGGUUAGCGGUCAUGGGCACAACUGUCGCCCUGAUCUUCGCGCCACCUCCAUAUCUCUUUUCCAACAGUGCCAUAGGACUGGUCUGGUUCGCACCACUGAUCGGAUCUCUAGUCGGCGCCUAUUUCUCGGGACCUUUGAACGAUCGUCUCACAGUGUACCUCAGCAACCGCAAUCGGGGUUGGAGGGAGCCAGAAUAUCGUCUUUGGGCAUUCAUCCCCAGCGCAUUCAUCAUGCCAGGAGGCUUGAUCAUUUAUGGUGCGACUGCUGCGCACGGUCUGCAUUGGAUCGCUCCUGUCGUGGGUAUGGGCCUCGUUGGGUUUGGUCUCAGUGUUGGCGGUACGGUGACCAUGAGUUAUAUCCUCGACUCGUACAAAGAGAUUGAUACGCAGGUCGUGACUACCAUCAUCUUGAUCAGAAAUAUCAUUGGCUUCGGGAUAUCCUUCGGUAUCCAGUCAUGGAUUCAAGGCAUGGGGCUCCAGAACACUUUCGUGUUCAUCGGCUGCUUGAGCUUUGCUGUCACCAUGUUCGCGCUCUUCUUCAUCAUGUUUGGAAAGAAGAUCCGAAAGUGGACCACGACACGCUACCAGCAUCUGAUCAAGACGAAGACAAUGUAA